AUGCCGGGCCACGGUGCAGGUCCGGGCCCGGCGCCAGGGUCGGGAGCAGGGGCAGGGGCAACCGGCCCUGGCGGCCAGUACCACGAGUUUAGCGUCGGCACCUAUCCUGUGGUGCGCGAGUCGUCACAGCAGGAUCGCCCCUUCAAAUGCGACCUCUGCACCCAGUGCUUCAGCCGGAACCACGACUUGAAGCGGCACAAGCGAAUUCACCUGGCGGCGAAGCCCUUUCCGUGUCCAAGUUGCGAUAAGUGCUUCUCUAGGAAGGAUGCCCUCAAGGUACCCAAACCACGCCGCCGGCCUUCCCUCGUUGAGAUGCUGUUGCUAAUCAAUGCGUCUAGCGGCAUCGUCUUGUCAAGGCCUGCAAGUCGCCGCCUCCAAUACUCCCUGUGCCUGCGGCGUUGUUAA